AGCCCACAGACUCCACUCCACGCACGAACUUCCAAUCCAUCCGUCUCCUCCAGGCCACAGCCGCAACACGCUACUAGCAGUUACGCGCCCCUAUCCCCCCACCUAUUCCUUCCACUUUCCCCACCUCGCAGGCCAAGCAAACGCCAGGCGACGCAAGGCAAGGAAGCGGCCCAGCGGGCGAGGCAGCCAUGUCGUACUACGACCGGCGUGGGGAGUCGUCGGUGCUGGAGGCGUUCACGCUGUCGCCGCUGCCUUACCCGGUGAUCCUGAUCCUGAUGAUGGUGACGCUGCUGCUGGGGGCGUCGUGGUUCUUCUCCUACGAGGAGUUCAUGGAGGAGGCGUCGGAGCAGUUCAGCUGGUUCCUGCUGGGCGUGCCCAUCGCGCUCGUGCUCCUCAUCCGCUGGAUCUCCUCCGUCGACACCUUCGAGGGUUACUUCGGGUUCUACCCCACCGAGAGCCGCUGGCGGGGCUACCCGGCCGCGCCCUCCGAGGGCAGCUCCCCCUGGGGCGUCGCCAUGGUCGUCGUCGUCCUCCUCGUCCUCGCCAGUUUCCACUCCACCUUCCAGGACAUGUGGAAGGCUUGAUGGAAUGAUCGGUGCUCCGAUCCAUACUCGUAUGUACGUGUAUGUGUGUAUGUAUGUAUGUGAUUCCAUCGUAUCGAUCUGUGGUACACCUAUGAAUGAUUGUUGCUUCCAGGCGGUUGCUGCACCUGCACGUAUGUGUGCCUUGCUUUUCCUCCUGUAUAUAGACGAAGGUUAUAUUCUGCUAGCUGAAAAACUAUAGAGCUUGAGUGUCACUCCUCUGUACUGGUCCUUGUUCUGUGUUUUACUGAAUCAACAGGUUUCUGUGGGAAAA